AUGCGCCUCGAUUCCUUCGCCGCGGCCACUGCCGCCGCUACUCUUGUUGCCGCCCACGGCGACGACAUUCCCGGCGCUCCCAAGAUCUUCGGCCGCAGCCCCUUCGCAUUGAAGGCUAGGAACGUCUUUGACAACAGCCACGAGCACACCGUGGCUACUGUCGAGAACCGCCUGCAGAAGCGUCAGACUGGUGGCACCGACGGUCAGUGUGGCGCCAACGUUGGUACCUGCGCUGCUGGCUACUGCUGCUCCGCCUCUGGCUGGUGCGGCACCGGCAAGGACUACUGUGCUGCCCCCGACUGUCAGUUCAACUAUGGCCCCGGUUGCGAUACCAACGCCACUCCUCCUGGAGACAGCACUGCUGGCGUCACUCGCAACCUCGUCGGAGAUGUCGAGUACGGUGGUGUCGGUAUCUACAGCUGCGAGAUUGCUGGCACCGUCGCUUUGACUUACGAUGAUGGCCCGGGCCAGUACACUACUGAUGUUCUUAACAUCCUCUCGAGCUACAACGCCAAGGCCACCUUCUUCAUCACUGGUAACAACAACGGCAAGGGCGAGAUUGACAACGAGGCCUAUGCUUGGCCUGGCAUCAUCAGGCGCAUGGCGUCCGACGGCCACCAGAUUGCCUCUCACACCUGGAGCCACCAGGACUUGAGUGCCAUCACCUCCGAUCAGCGUAAGGACCAGAUGGUCAAGAACGAAAUGGCGUUGAGGAACAUUCUCGGCAAGUUCCCGACCUACAUGCGCCCGCCUUACUCCAGCUGCACCGCGGAGUCUGGCUGCGAGGACGACUUGAGAGCUCUUGGUUACCACGUCACCUACUUCGAUGUUGACACCGAUGACUAUGAUAACGACAGCCCGUCGUUGAUCCAAAACUCCAAGGACAGGUUCACCUCUGCUCUCACCGGCGGCAGCGCCAGCACUAAUGACUACCUCGUCAUUGGCCACGACAUCCAUGAGCAGACGGUCCACAACCUCACCGCCUUCAUGCUUGACGCACUCCAGGCGCAGGGAUACAGGGCUGUUACCGUCGGCGAAUGUCUUGGUGACCCCGAGGCCAACUGGUACCGCUCCUCUAGUGGCAGCGUCUUCACUUCCACCGCGGCAUCGAACCCUACUACCCCCGCUACCUCCACCAGCGCGGGCCCCACUGCCUCCCCUACCGGUGUCUCCACUGACGGCACCUGCGGUACCAAUGGCGCGACUUGCUUGAACUCCGAGUUUGGUAACUGCUGCUCUCAGCAUGGUUGGUGUGGCUCGACUAAUGACCACUGCGGCACGGGCUGUCAGGCGGGCUUUGGAAACUGUGGCGUUGCGAGUGGUUCAGUAAGCGCGAAUUCCGCUUCUAAAUCUCUUUCUUCUAUUUCCUCGGUCUCUAUCUCUUCGGUCUCUCCUUCUUCGGUCUCUCCUUCUUCGGUCUCUCCUUCUUCGGUCCCUAUUUCUUCUGCUUCUAAGAGUGCCACUUUGCCAACUGCGAGCAAGGUUUCCACCGACGGUUCCUGUGGUACAGCCUCCGGCUAUACCUGCCAGGGCUCCGCCUUCGGCAACUGCUGCUCUCAGUACGGUUGGUGCGGCUCUGAUUCCGACCACUGCAGUAACAACUGCCAAGCUGGAUUUGGAACUUGCGGAACUCAAGUAACCAACGCCGAUGGUGCUACGACGCUGGGAACGUCGUCGCUGACUACUUCCACAGUAAGUGCUGCUUCGGCGGCUAAAGCUCCGACGUCUACUACGACUUCGACUUCGACUACGACCUCGACCACGACUACUUCCAAGGUUAGCACCAACGGCAAGUGCGGUUCCCAGAACGGUGGCAUGACCUGUGCCGGCAGUCAGGGAUGCUGCAACCGCUUGGGCUACUGCGGAAGCGGCAUUGCGUACUGCGGCAUUCUCGUUGGUGGCUGCCAGAAGGGGUACAGCAGCGGAUGCUGGAACUUUUAA